CUUCACUCGGAUGAUAUAGCUUCUGUGGUAUCACUUCACGCGAGCACGUCAGUUCGCCCAGCGUUUGCUUAUCCAAAUUCCAAACAGACACAACAUGUACAUCAUCUCCGCAAACAUACAGGAACUUGCAACCCCUUCGCAUAAUACACAUAGAACGUCUUGCAUGUCCUGGUGAUUCUUCCAUGCUCCAAUUCCCGCUCGCCACGACCGUGAACGGUGGCGUACCUGACAAUCGAGUGAAGCGUAGCGCCCCCUCCCCUCCCAAAAAAAAAUUCCCGCUAGCCCACUCCCUACCCUGCACUGGCAUUGCCCUUCGCGUUCGCCCUCACGUCCGUGUUCAUCCUCGAGCGCAUGGUCAGCCGCCGUUCGCCCUGGCGCUCACGUCCCUCAGCCCGCGCAUUCACGCUAGGGCCUCUCCUCGGUCACCGGUCCCCCCUCAGCCCCCGACUGUCGUGCGCCCUCGCGUCAAUGGUCGCCCUCACGUCACAGUGCACUGCAACUGCGCGCCCUCACGUGCCAUAUCUGCCCUCGCGUUCACGACGCCUCCAUUUCCCGCGGUCCCCAAACCCCCCGCUCACGUUCCGCCCCCGCGGUCACGUACAAAUGACGUGCGCCCUCGCGUUGAACGUCGAACGUUCCUCCCCGCCUCGAAGUGUCUUUCCCCUCUUCGCCCUCCGGGGACGGUCGCCCUCGCGUUUGGGUUCGCCAUGCGUUCCCUUCGCCCUCGCGUUACCGUCCGCCGACCAACCCCCUUCCCACCCGUCCUUCGUCGCCGCUUCGCCGGGCGCUCGCGUUCCGCCCUCGCGUACACGUACGGGUGCCGUGCGCCCCGCGUCGAACGUCCGCCCUUGUCCCCGUUCGUCUGCUUUCCCAUGGCUACCGCAUCCUCUACGGCAGCCGGUCGCCCUCACGGUUGGGUUCGCUUGUGCGUUCCCUUCGCCCUCGCGUUACCGUCUGCCCCCCCCCCCGCGCCUUCUCACUCUCUGCCACGGUUUUCCCCCUUUGAUGGAUGAAACUUUGAUAAACCGGCCUGCCAAGGUUUGGAUGGCCGCAGACGAACUACUGCGCAGCAAAGGCGCAUCAUCCGCUCAGGACAGGCCGAAGUAGAGAUAAAGGCGUCACAGUCACAGAUAUGGACGCCACGAGGCAGUGGGAGAGGAAAGAAGAGCAGCGGCGACGUACCCGGUACCACGCUCGACAAUGAUUUAUAAACCGUGCGGCGGCGGCUGACGUCGCAGUCCGGUUCGACAGCAUCAUCGUGAAGGGUGACGCUAGUAAAGGGGUGAAGAGCGUGGUGAUUGGAAAUCAGGCCGGAUGGUCAGCCGCUGGUAAUAUGUAUCUCGUGUGUAUAUGGCCUGCGUCGCAUCGCGACGAGACCUGGUGUACUCGUAGGAAUUCCGAAUUUCGAGUCCGACUCGGACAUGGGCCGAGAGCGGAGGCGCUCCCUUUCGCGUUUUGCGGGUGACGCCUCCGCCGUGACGCAUGCGGGAUGGAGCCUAGAUUAAAGCAGGUGCAGGCGUUUACUCACCUUUAAGAUAUGCAGACUUCGCAAAAGGGACAUAUUUAGCCCGUUCAAAUAGCCUUGAAACCGACGACGACGGAAGGGUGUGGCGCUGAAGCAUCCGGUUGCCUUGGGUCGGGAUAGGCCCGGGAUAACUGAAACCGGUAACGUAUCUGGAGGGUUGCCACAGUCCACCUCGCAGAGUAGGAGAAGUCGAUGGUGGUGAAGUGGUUUAUAUACCGCUAGAAUGCGGCUGACAUUGGAGUUUGGCGACUAUCCGGCCCUGCAGCGUGAUGGAUGAU